UCCGGCGCAUGCGCAUAUGCCCGUGUAGCGCAUUCGUAAGGCAGCCAUUUGCGGAAUGUGGACGAGAAACGUUGUUCUCUCGAAAUACUGUUAAAAUCUCCCAGAAACUGAAAUAAUAUACAUUUUGGAUACCAUAAUCACGAAUUUCUACUCCUAAAGUUUUGAAAUUUCAUAAUAGACAGUUCCGAGGGACAGAUGGAAUGUAUAGCAUCUCAGAAAAAGUGAUUGAAAUAGGUUUUUUGACUCCCAAGGGUCAUGAUCCAGGCUCGAAAAGAUGUUAAUGCACCAUCUAAAGAGCAAAAGGCAGAAGAACAAGUUGUUUCAACCACUUCACAGCGUAUCACUCCAAGUUCCCGAACAAUACAUGCUGUUGAACAGAGAAGAGCAACAUAUGUUACGAAUACUUUAGGUACUCCUACAACUGUUAUACUUCCUGAAGGUAGCAGCAUUCCAGAGAGUGGAGCUCUUCAGUUUCGGCGGAUAUCUCUUGGACAACAACUACAACACGUGGUUACCCCAGUGCAAGUUCAAGGUACUAGUUCAACCUCUGAAUCUCUUCCUAUCAGUUCAAGAUGUACAGUGACAUCUACACAAGAUUUGCCCCACAUUUUGGUGGCGACGACAUCAAAUGCUCCCCUUCACACUGUAGAACUUCAAAAUUCAAUUGUGAAUGUCAGUGCUUCCAUGCCACAAUAUCAAACUCUAGGAAACAUAACAAAUGUUGCCACAGGUGGUCAGCGGACUGCAGGCAAUGCUGUCAUAGCGCAGCCAGUUACACAGACUACUAUAGCUCCACGAAUUGUGCUAAACAGUGGCACUGGCAUGUCGGAUGUUUAUGCGUUGCGCAUAACUCCAACAACUAUUGGUGGAGGGAGUGCUACACCGCAGAUAAUGCUACUGGAUUCUUCUGCAAGCCUGAAUCCAUCUAGUGAUGUAACUAAAGUUCAUUCAUAUAGUCUUGCGAGCGCUGCUGUCUCAUCCUUAGGGUCCACGAAUACAAUGCAAAAAAUUGUUAUAAGUACUGGACAGACUUUGCAGGUAACAGGACUAGCACAAAAGCCUCUUGCAAAUCCAUCAAGAGCUAGUGUCAAACGUCAGUUGAUUGCUACAACUCCUACUCGGACUGAGUUAUCCUUUGUAAAUAAUAAUGAUGUCUUGUCUCAUAUAUCUGUUGUAAAUAAGUUAUUAUACGGCUUGAUGCCUUUUGAAGGAAAAAUUUCUAGCAUUCCAAGUAGUCCUAAGUCCAAAAGAAUUAAACUGGAUAAGCAGCCUGUAACUAACAAAGAUGUAAUAAAGCGCAGAAAAGUUAUUGAGCAUUUAACAAGAAAAAUACAACUAUUAAAAAAUAAGUAUUACCAAACUCAAACGGAGUUUUAUUUUUUGAAGACUGGUAGUAAUAUGGCGGAUUAUGUAAUGUGGAGGAAGAAAAUUCCUUCUACGUUGCUGGAUUAUUUAAAAGCACAUAGGUUUGACCCUCAUGAUGAUGUAAAGAUAAUUUUAGAAGUUUUAUCUCAGUCAGUUUCCCAGUCUACUGGAAAUCCAGUGGUGCAUUCACAAGGUCCACAUGCAGAUCAUCCGCUGCUGUCAAAAACAGUUUCACAUGCCACCUCUAGUCACUCUCAGUCAUUGCCGCAUCGAACUUCAUUGUCUCCAUCUUCACAACGUUCAGCCCCUGUUUCAUCAACACCUUCAACACCCACGAAGAGUGUCCGACAACCAACACUUUCUCAUAAGCUUGCUCAUAAGCAUAAUUCAAUAUCAUCUGUCUACGACUCCCAGAUAGGAUCACAAGAAGAAAUCGUGGAAAGAGCCAAACAAGAAGCUUAUGUUAUGCAAAGAGUGGGAGAACUCAGAAAAGAUGGUCUUUGGUCUCUGAAAAGAUUACCAAAAGUUGCAGAAGCUCCUAGAAAUAAAGCUCAUUAUGACUAUCUUCUGGAAGAGAUGGUGUGGCUGGCCACUGAUUUUGCGCAAGAAAGGAAAUGGAAGAAGGCUAAUGCUAAGAAGUGUGCUCGAAUGAUUACUAAAUAUUUUCAAGAAAAGGAAAUCAAAGCAGAGCGAGCCGAAAGAGAAGAGCAAAUAAAACUUAGAAAGAUUGCUUCCACUAUCGCCAGAGAAGUGAAACAGUUUUGGAACAACAUUGAAAAACUUGUGGAAUAUAAGCACCAAACAUGGCUAGAAGAAAAAAGAAAAAAAGUCUUAGAUGUCCAUUUAAAUUUUAUUGUCGACCAAACAGAGAAAUAUUCCUCUUGGCUUACACAAGGGAUGAAUCAGAGCAAUAAGGGUAGUCCAGAGUCAAGUAGGGGGUCGUCUCCCCUCCCUGGUUCUGCAUCAUCCACCCCUCUAAGAAGGAAUAAGCGAAGAUCAUUUGAUUUUGAACCAUCUGAUAGUGAAGAGGAUGAUGAGGAAACAAUAAAAAUGGAGGAAGAAAAUAUUGAUAAAGGGGAGCAAGACGAAGAAAUUAAAUUAUUGCAACAAGAGAGUGAAAUGCCUUUUGAAGAUUUUCUCGAUUCUCUUCCACCAGAAAUUUUGAAUACUCAUGUUUCCUUAGAUGAUUCUAAAGACAAAAGUGAUUUAAGUUUACUGUCUAUACAAUCUGAUGUAAAACCUGAAAAGGGAAGUGAUGAUGAUGACUUUGAGGUAUCCGAAGAGGAAGAAGACGAUGAGCAGACAAUAUUAGAGCAGGAAGAAAAUGAAGAUAAUGUUAAUCAUGAAGAAGAAAUUAAAGAUUUAGAAGCAGAAAAUGAAAUGUCAAUUGAACAGCUACGAGAGAAAUAUGCAGCUGCUUAUGCUAGUGAUUUUGAAGUAGAAACAUCAGAACAACAGAGUGAAGAUGAAAGAGAAAUUGAUGACAGUGAAGAUGAACAAUCUGAUGAAGACAUGUCUGUUGAUGGGGAAGACAAAAAAGAGCAUGCACUUUUAAAAUCUCUCACAGAUGAAACUGAUAAGGACGAUUCUAAUGCUAAUCCUACCAAAGAAAUAACUGACAUUGCUGCUACAGCAGAAAGUUUUCAACCCAAAGGCAACACACUAUCUACAACUCAGGUCUGUACUAAAGUUCCUUUUCUUUUAAAACACCAACUGAGAGAAUACCAACAUAUUGGGUUAGAUUGGUUAAAUGCUAUGUAUGACAAAAAAUUGAAUGGGAUUCUUGCUGAUGAAAUGGGUCUUGGAAAAACAAUACAAACAAUAUCUAUAUUGGCUCAUCUUGCUUGCGAAAAAGGUGUUUGGGGUCCUCAUUUAAUUGUUGUGCCCACCAGUGUAAUGCUUAAUUGGGAAAUGGAGUUCAAAAAGUGGUGUCCAGCAUUUAAAAUACUCACCUAUUAUGGCACACCUAAAGAAAGAAAGCAAAAACGUGUUGGUUGGACCAAGUUUAAUGCAUUUCAUGUGUGUAUUACUUCUUAUAAAUUAGUUGUUCAAGAUCAUCAGUCUUUUCGUAGAAAAAAGUGGAAAUAUCUAAUUCUAGAUGAAGCCCACCAUAUAAAGAACUUUAAGUCCCAAAGAUGGCAGCUCUUGUUAAACUUUCAAAGUUCUCAUCGGUUGCUUCUGACUGGCACUCCUCUACAAAACAACCUGAUGGAAUUAUGGUCUCUCAUGCAUUUUUUAAUGCCAAAUGUCUUCCAGUCUCACAAAGAAUUUCGAGAGUGGUUUGUAAAUCCAUUUACUGGGAUGAUUGAAGGUAGCCAUGAAUAUAAUGACAGUCUUAUCAAAAGAUUACAUAAGGUGUUAAGACCUUUUUUGUUACGAAGGUUGAAGUGUGAAGUAGAAAAACAACUGCCAAAAAAAUAUGAGCAUAUUAUAGUAUGUCGCUUGUCAAAUAGACAGAGAUACCUUUAUGAUGAUUUCAUGUCGCAGACAAAGACAAAAGAAACUUUAGCUACUGGAAAUUUCAUGAGUGUCAUAAAUAUAUUGAUGCAACUGAGAAAAGUUUGCAAUCAUCCUAAUAUGUUUGAAGAAAGACCAACUGUUUCCCCAUUUCUUAUGGAGGGAGUAACAUUUCAUACGUCUUCCUUAGCAUCUAAGGCAUUGGAAUAUGAUCCAUUUAAACAAGUUAAUUUACAGUCUCUUAAUCUGCUAUUAGCCGAUUUAGAAUUAUCUUUAACUGCUUUUGCUGCUCAUCGUGUUAGAAAGUUUCAAACACCUCCAAAACUAAUUGUUGAAAUUGAUAAUUUACCAGAGCCCCCUCCGCCCUGCCCUGCUGUCAAAAUGAAAGUCAACUUUUGCAACACCCAGGGGGCUUCUAAUUCUGCUCCACCUACUCCCCUACCAAGAAUUGCAUCUCCUGCUGUAGCACAUCCUAGUCGUUUGCCUUCAUCUAUUCCUAAUCGUGUGACCAUGCCUAUUGGUCCAGCUUUACCACAACCCCAAAGGCUAAUGGUUAUACCUGGCCAACAGGGCACUCCCUCACGAGCUGUCAGUCCUGUUGCUGCUAUUGGUUCACCGCCUGUUGCUAGUCAGCCUGAACAAUAUACGCUUCAGUUGGUCCAACCUAGUGGAGCUGUUGCUUCACUCGCACCUCUUGGUGGUCUUACUCUGCAAUUGCAACCAGGCCCUGCGAGUGGCAAUCGGGUUCAGUGCAUUCAAUCUCUAAUUGGUGGCAUUGGCCGUGUUGUCCAGACAGCCGCUGGUGCUCAUUUUGUGAUAACUUCAGUUGCUAACUCUGUAGCAGAGCACUCUCAAGUACAGCCAGCAGCGACGACUGCCAUUGCUCAACCUCAUGUAGCAGCAUCAGUAUCCAACACCCAAUCUUUAGUAUUAAGCACUAAUAUCUCUACAGCUACUGUGCUACCCCAAGUUCAAAAGAUUGGGAGUCCAGCAGUUGCUCCCCAAGUGUUAACAACAUUCUCUAGGCCGCCAAAUAACAACUCUACGUCAUCCAUGAAUAAUCAAAGUUUUCAUAAUAAACCAAUUGGCCGAGUAGCACCUUUAAAUGUUCACCCCCCAGUUAGCACAACAAGCUCUGCUCCUGUAAAUCAAAACCAUGUACAAAAUGCUAAAGGUCCUGUUGUUCACUCCUUAUCAAAGACUUUACCCAAAUUAGAUGUACCGUCAAGCAAUAUAUCUGAGAGACAGAAAUCCAUAUUUUAUAUUGAAUCAUUGGCUGCAAAAAGGGAAAAGGAACGCAAAGAUACUCUUAGGUUAUUAGCCAAGAUUAAUAAUAGACGAUGCACAGCUUGUCCAAUUUAUGGUGAUGAUCUAAUAGAGGCUGUUACAAUUGUAAAUAGUUUAAAACAUCCUCAAACUGGUUCAGCCUGGUUUGGAAAAGGAUAUGUAAAUUGUUUAAAUGCAAUAAAUGCUCAAAAUGACCCUAGUCUAUAUUGGGAUCAUACUUCUAUUUUAUCUAACAUAAUCAAAACUCCUGAUGAAAGACUAGAUGAUUUAAAAGAAAUUAUUAAUAGAUUUGUUUUUGUUGUACCUAAAGUAUCUUCCCCUUCUAUGAAAAUCCAUAUCUCACAUCCUUCUCCAUGGCGAUUGAAUGAAGAGAGAAUGAUUGAAGAGCGUUUAAUUAAUUAUGUAUCUCCAGCAAGUGCCUUUUUACAUCCUAUAGUUAGUAACAUGAAAACUCAAUUUCCAGAGCUCAGACUUAUUCAAUAUGAUUGCGGAAAAUUGCAAAGGUUAGCCGGAUUGUUAUGGGAGCUAAAAUCUGGCCACCACAGAGUUCUUAUAUUUACCCAAAUGACAAGAAUGCUUGACAUUUUAGAACAAUUUUUAAAUUAUCAUGGUCAUACAUACCUUCGCUUAGAUGGAAACACUAAAGUGGAGCAAAGACAGGCCUUGAUGGAACGAUUCAAUGCAGACAAACGAAUUUUCUGCUUUAUCCUCUCUACUAGAUCUGGUGGCAUUGGUGUAAAUUUAACUGGUGCUGAUACUGUGAUAUUUUAUGAUAGUGAUUGGAAUCCAACAAUGGAUGCACAAGCUCAGGAUCGAUGCCACAGAAUUGGACAGACGAGGGACGUCCAUAUUUAUAGAUUAAUUAGUGAAAGAACAAUCGAAGAAAAUAUUUUGAGGAAAGCUAAUCAAAAGAGAGUGUUGGGGGAUCUUGCCAUUGAAGGUGGAAACUUUAACACAGCUUUUUUCAAAAAGAAUACUAUUCAUGAGCUUUUUGGUAUCAGUAUGUCAGAGGAGGUGGAUAAAUCUCUCUCAGUAGUGAAAAAAGUAGAAGAAAAUGUUGCUGAGUCAUCUCCUGAAGAAUUCUCACAGACUCAAUUAGAACAGGCUCUUGGAUUGGCCGAAGAUGAAUCGGAUAAAAAGGCUGCACAAACUGCUUGUGCUGAAGCGGUGGCUGAAUUAGCUGAAUUUGAUGAAUCCAUUCCAUUAGAUAAUGAAGGUAGAGAAAUUGAUGAUAAAUCUCCUGCAGAGGAAGAGCUUGAUAAACUUAUGAAACAGCUUACUCCAGUUGAAAAAUAUGCUGUGCAAUUUUUGGAAUCUUUACAAGAACCUGUAGGCUUGGAACAGCUGAAAUUAGCAGAGGAAGAAAUCGAAGCUCAGAAGAAGGAUUGGGAAUUGGGUCAUCUAAAAGCUUUGAAAGAAGAAGAGGAAAGGAGAUUCGGUGAUGAUGACUCGCCUUUGUUUUACAGUCGAGAAGCUGCUAACCAGGUAUAUUUUUCUGUCAAUGGUCAAGAAGAAAUGCCGUUGUGGGCUCCACCUACACCACCAACAAAUGAAAAUGAUCUUUACAUUGACUAUAGUGUUGCCUUUUGGUAUGAACCAUCAAUUAUGCAUGAAGCAAGAUUACCACCUGUUUUUAUCAAAAAGGAAGCAAAAAGGCAGAAAAUUGAUCCUGUUAUUUCUGCUGUCACCACAACUCGCAAGCAAAAAGUUAGAAAGGAUGACAUGGUUAACAUACCAAGAUCUUUAUUCGAUCGUCCCUCUGCAGCUAUUUUGAAACUGCGGCGAGAAGUCAAGUUACAAAAAGUGAAAGGUUUAAUGGUCGGAACAAGUGGCAUACCAAAACCUUUGGCAUCCUUCCCUGGUCUAAAACCACCUCCAAUUGUUGUAAACAAACCUACUCUAGAAGUUCAUAUUGAUAAACCUGAUUGGCUGGUCCAAGAAGAUUGGGCCAUUUUACAGGUUAUUCAGGACAUACAGAGUAUUCCUUUAAAUUUGACUAUUCUAUUACCUGGACACUUACCUAACUGGGACAUGGCAGGUGAGGCUGUGCAUGCAGUUUGUCAGAAUUUCCGUUCUGCAAAGUCAUGUAAGAUAAGAUACGAGAAUGUAGUGAUUCCGAGAGAAGAAGGGAAAAUAUUGUACGAUACCAAUCCAAAGAAGCAGAAAAAGACUAAAGGAAUUUACAAGAAAUCUGUUGAUGUUUUUCAGACAAAGAACAACAGACCUAUGAAAACUAGUCAACUUUAUAUUCAAGACAACAAUGGCACAUUUUCAAAGAUAAUCAAUGACCGAUUCAAGCUCCUUGCAGAAACAAUUGUUAAGCGUAAGACUGUUGAAAGACCAUCGUUUUCUCUUGCACCUAAAAACCCAAAACCACCGGAAAACCCAGCCAUUAAUUUUGAUGUUCCUUUAAGUCCUAAGAAGAUUGCUUGCAAUAGAGCUGAACGUAUUGCACGAGAUAAGCAGAAAAAUAUGGCUCCCACACAGGUUGUAGCUACUCAAGCAGUUUCAGCUCCAACUCAAGUGCAGGCUACGGUUCAAGCUAUGGAGCAACAAAUUGCUGCUCAGCGACAAGUGACUCAGCAAGCUACAGUUACUGUUGCAGGAACAACAAAUAUCAUUCCUCAUCAGGCUCAGGCUGUUAUAGCUAGUCUAGCUCAAGCACAGCAACUUCAGCAAGUACAGUUAAACAAAGCAAACAUCCAACAAGGCACUGUAACAUCUGUUUCUCUUCCAAAGUCCUUAACUAGUGGAAUAAUGGUGAACGCAGCUGCUGGAUCGACGACUGCAGGUACAUUAGCUACACUCACCAAAGCUUUGGGUCAAGCAGGGGUUACUUCAUUAACUUCACAAGGUGCAGCACAGAAUGCUGCAAUUGCUGCUGCCCUUUCAAAUGCUAAUCUUCGCAAUCAGCGUGCUGUUGUGACAGCUACAGGAGCAACCACUACAAUGACAGUUCAAGAAAUGGUAGCUGCAGCUCAGGUUCGUGGUUUGACUACUGCAGCUGGUGUAACUUCUACAGCACCAGCAGUAGUUUCUGUAGCAAAUCUGACUGCUGUACAGUUGGCUUCUCAACGUUUGACUGGCACCACCUUGUCGCCUGCUACAACAAUAGCCUCAGUGAGUCAGCUGAACACUCAAGCUGCUGCAACCCAAAGAAAUAUCUCACAACUAAGUCAGUUGCAAGCAUUAAGACAAAGUGCCUUAAUCAGACAAAGGGAACAGCAAACUAUAAAGCAACAGCAACAACAGUUAAAGAGGUUGCAAACAGUCCAACAACAACAGGCAUCCCAGCCUGCUACCAAAGUAGCUAUCGGCACUGCUGGUACUCUGACAGUUGCAGCAGCAGCUCAGCAACGUAUCACCCAGCAAGUCACCAUGAAACAAUCUGUGGGGCGGGCUGUGACUGAAGCCGAGAUGGCUCAACUUGUGAAGCGGCAGCAAUUGCAGCAGCAAAAGCAGGCUCAGUUGACUACGGCUCAGAUAUUAGCACAAGCUCAACUACAGCAAGUCCAGCCACAGCAAGUUUCUAUUACUGGUGGAACUGCUACUUUGGUGAAAACAGUUUCUGCUCCUCUGAGUGGAGCCUCUUCUUUAGCCAUACCUGUUUCAGCUGUGACAAUGGGUGGAGUUAACAUUAAUGUUAGCGUACCUCAGGGUAAGGCUGGAACAAUUCAAACUAAAGGAGGGACUACAUUAACUACCCAGCAAAUUAGACACUUUCAAAUGCAACAACUUUUACAAGCUAGGAAAGGAAAUAAAUUGACAACUAAUUUGACUCAACUAGCUACAAAGGUUCCUGCUAAAGGAACUGCUGUAUCUGCAUCAUCACUCUCAGCUGCUAUGAACGCUGUUCAAAUUGUUCAGCAUAACCCACAAGUUGGAACUACCCAACAAGUUAAAGGUAUUCCAGCUACUAUGACUGUUCAACAAAUUCAACAGGCGAUGAAGCAAGCAAUACCACAAAACUUGCCUGUAGUCGUUACUGCAACCCCCAGUUUACCAGGGAUACAACAGCAACAUACUUCUGCAACCCUUCGUGGAGAGCCAGGAGUUGUUGGAUCAGUAAAAGCUCAAACUACGACAUUGCCAUCUACAACUCUGACAACGAGCGGUGUUUUGAAAGGUGCCCCCGCCGUUGUUGUAGGACAACAGCAAACAGCUGCCAUUCUUCAACAGGUUGCUGCGUCUUCUUCUGGCAUCACACCUCAAGCUGUUACUCUGGCAGUUCGUACUGCCGCUCAAACUCCUGGGCAACAAGUACAGAUACAAGUUCAACAAACACCCCAUUCGUCAUUAGUCACUCCUCAAUCUCAAGUUGUCUCAGCUGCAUUGCAGACAUCCCAAGCCAGAAUGCAGCAACUUUCUCAAGGGGCUUCUAUAAAUAUUGCUCAACCAGUUGCUGUUCAAAACGCUGGCCAGGCAUCCAGCAUCCUCACCUCGACGGGUACUCUCAUGCAGCAAGUACCUGCGGAUUCAACUCUGCAAUCUUCAACGCAUGUUGUCAUGCACAAUGUGGUCACCUCUAGUUCAACUCCAAUCCUAUCAAUACCUGCCACACUGGCCAAUCCUCCUCCUGUAACUACCCAGACUCCUGCUCAGGUUGUCCAAGCUGCCAUUCAGGCUGCACGACAGCAGCAGCAACAACAACAGGCUGCGCAAAAAGCAUCACCCUAUACCAUGAGGUUGAGAAAUCCACCAAAAUAAAGAUGUUUGCUGUCUAGGAUAGUACAAAAUUGGCAAUAGCUUGUGAGAUUUGAUGUAUAUUGUGAGAGUGACAGCUGUGUGUAGAACGUGAAAUUAAAUGGCUGUGAUUGAAAUCAUCUCUAUUCUAUUUAUAAUCCUCAAACUUUUGUCUUCAUCUGUAUGCCGAAUGCAUAACAUAUAAUUUCAUUUGAUAUCCAAUAAUUAUUGUGGUCUCAUUGCAAGUAAUUUAAUAUUUUACUUCAGAUAGCUCUUGAAUUACUCCAGUAUUCACUACUAUUUGUUAAAUUUAUGAAACAGGUCUUGGAAAAAUAAGUCACGUGUAUUAUUGCAAAAAAAUAUCAUUAAAUGCUAUUGGAUGUUUCCUUGUGUAAAAAUUCAUUGAAUGAAAGUGUAUAAAAUGUAAUGUUUUUCCUAAAUUUCAUAUGAGUGCAGUUUUGUUAUCAGACAUAUUGUUAGAUUGUAAAUACAUGUAAUUGUCUUUUUUGUUAAAAUUUCUUGCCAAUUUUUUUCCACUCACUCAUCAUGCUAUUUCUUUAUGUAUAAAAUUGCUUUGACAACAUUAUUUCAUCAAUUAACAUUUCUCAUGUGUACAGUUCUAAAAUGGAAAAAAAAAUAAAAGAAUUCUUGUUA